AUGGCGUUGAUACUGCCCAAAGGCAUCGUCGUCAAUUCUCCGCAAAUUGGAAGUACCAUCGAGGGAAUUAAUAGUCCUUUGGAUCCAGCGGAAAUAGCCAGAUUCUGGAAAGUCUACACCACAACAAAACGAAGACUUCUCGAUCCUACAGCUGAGCGUUUGGAGAAUUAUUGGUGGCGGAUAUGGGGAAGUCGGCGUCGAGAGUUGGAUGCUUCGACUGUUGCUCGACUCUUCGUACAUAUUUCAGAGGGAGACACUUUUGUGCCACUUAAAGGACCACCCAAUCGUUAUGAAAGUGACACGCCAAUGAAUAGUGCAGCCUGUAUUGGAAAAACCGCCUCGAGUACCUCUGUUGCCCGUGCUCGCAACGAGAGCCGACCAAGUACCACGCCAACAUCAGUUUCGCGAACACCUGCUCCCAUGCCACCUCCAAUAUUGAAGAAGACCAGAGGUCCUUCAGGAAAUGGCCCUCGGCCGACUGCACGUUUCAUAUCCCCGGCAGUCUCAGAAGAUGAGUCAAAUGCUGUUAACACAAACAAGCAUGUUGUAGUACAAUCACCUUCACCACCUGUUGAGCAGACGAAUACCAUCGACGAGAAGAUCGAGAAAGGGAAGGUUGAUAGAAAGUUAAUGCCUGCACCGGCAAAUAAGAAAUUUGUUGCGUCGGCUUCCAAGAAGAAGAGACCGGUUGUUGUCAGGCGACAGAGUUCACAAACUUCACAGUCUUCGAAUGACAGCGCGGCAAGAGCUCCAGGUGUACAAGGGCAACAGAACAGACUUUUGGGAAGGCCACCACCGUUGUCUGUACAGCCUAUCAGAAAUCAGAACACGCAGGAGAACACAUUACCUCCACGAUCUACAACCUCACCUACGAAGCGGACUCCCUCCAAAUCGGCCGUUCCAACUCGAGGCGGUUCGCGCAAACUUGCAAGUACUAGUGAGGAGAUUGUCGAGGUAGAGCCCACCCAGUCCACCCAGCCUGGUCCCUCGAACCCCCUCAAGACACUGCUGAAUAACCAGGCUCCGGCGCAUGUUGUUGGCGAGGCAGAAUUCAAGGUGCAAAAAAUGCUUCUUGAAAAUCCUAAAACUGCCGACAUGUUACCCCCCGGAACUCCAAGUUCAGAUUCUCAGGUAUCGAUCACGUCCAAGGAUUCGAGCAAUGGAAAACCCCCUGGUUACAGGAAGACGAGUGGAAAGCAUCUUUUACAACACCAAUUCAAGGGCAUCGUCAGCUCAGCGCCAACAUUGACUGAUGCUACUGGUCAUCUCGAUUUAGGCGAUAGCAACCAAAACAUAACGACACCUGCGUCUCCAGAUGGGCUAGGCAAGGGCAAAGCUCGAACUCUUAUGAAAGACCUCUUUACCAAAAAAUCAAUGCCACAAGUAGCAUCGUCUAAUGGUCUAUCACAGAGCGUAGCUUCGGCACCUUCGGGACCUCUCAGUAAAAGCAGGUCACAGCUUUCACUCUUGCUUGAACGAGAUCAAGCGAGGAGCUCGGGACUUAGGACAUUGCCGAAUAAGGGAAAACAAGCCAUGAAAUAA